AUGGUAUACAAAAACAGAUUAUUAGAUGAAAUAGCAAUCCGUAAACAUGUUGAAUGGGAUGAUAGUAAUUACCAUGGAUAUGUCAAUUUUGGUGCUGAGUUAGAUAGCGAUCAAUUAGAUAUAGCUAAUGAAUGUCUUGUUUUUAUACUUGUAGCUAUUAAUGAAAGAUGGUUAGAGAUUUAUCCAGUUGGAUAUUUUUUAUACCUAGUUACUAAAACUGGUGUUGUUAUUGUGAGUGUUACUUUUGAUGGAUGUUCUUCCAAUAUUGAUAUGACAAAAAGUCUUGGCUGCUCAUAUUAUACUAAUAAUUUAAAAACUAAUUUUACUAUUAAUAACCUGCAACCUAUAGUUAUUUUACCUGAUCCUUCACAUAUGAUCAAAAUUAAAUUAACACUUAAUUCUGGUGAGAUUCAAACAUUAGUGAUAGAAGAAGUCGAAAAUUAUUCAGCAGAAACUGACGUCCAUAAUCAAACACCAAAUGUUAUAGAAGAUGCAGAAAAUAGGGAUCCAGUGAAAGAAUGUGAGAAUGCAAUGAAAUUUUUAGCUCUGAAGGAAGGCCCAUUUAAGUCAAAAAAUAUAUUAUAUCCAGUUGUUAAUGGACGGAAAUUUCGUGAAGCAUGGUUUAAUCAAUACCAAUGGAUUGAGUACAGUUCAUCUCUAAAUGCUGCUUUUUGUUUUUUUUUUUUUGUAGAGCAUUCUAUAAGCCGAAUAAAAUGGAUCAUACAUAACAAAAAAUAUUACACACGAUUCUGUCAACAACAACAGAUAACUUACCGUGAUAGAUACAUAUACCCACCUUUUUUUCGGACCUGGAGCGACCACUCCUGUUAAUAAAAAGCCGCCCCUACAGCAACCAUGAACAAAUCAAAGUUUUAAAUAGACAAGUGUUUGAAAAAUUCGAAUUUUGUGUUAUUUGAGAGGUACACAAGCUUGCAUAGAUACCAAAAAUAAUCAUAUAACAUAUAUAAAUAUAGAAACACACUAGUAUAACAGGACACGAGCGUGCCGGUAAUGCAUAAUACAAUCAUAAUGUGA